CUUUGUUUUACCUCUUUUCCUUUCCAUUUUAUUUACUUUUUCUCCUCUCUCCCAAUUUUCUUUUAAAUCGAGUAUUCCAUCGGGGAUGAUAUUCACAAAAGCCCAAGUCAACGUCAUUGCUGCUAUUGCAGACGCAGUCGUAGCCCCACUCUCACCUGAAGAACAAGCCAAACUCCAAACUGUCAGUAACACAACAAGCAAUACUACGCAACAAGCAGCAGCAGCCCUAUCAGCCUAUAUAAGCUAUUCGGGAUCCACCGAUGCCCAUGCCGUGGUUGAGCUCUUGGAACAACUACGACCGGACCAACGCGAGCGAUUGCAAACGAUACUGAACCUAUUGGACAGUGCAGCCGGCACAUUUCUAUUGACGGGCCACUUUAACAGAUUCGCGCAACUCGAGCGAAACGAGCGGCAAAAGGCGAUGACAAGUUGGAAGACGUCCAUGUUGCCCCCGUUGCAGAGAUUAUACUCUACCUUGACGGGUCUUGUUGUCAAUGCGAUAUAUCGAAAUCCGUCCUGUCCUGCUUAUCAAGCUAUUGGCUACCAAGGUCGAGACCCUGUCAGGUCUCAAAAAGAUUAUCAGCCUAAACACGUUACGGAACGAUUGCCCAUGGUGACCUUGGACGAGGUGGAGAGUCAAUUCAUGUCGAAACGGUUUGAUGCUAUUAUUGUAGGCAGUGGUGCUGGUGGAGGUGUGUGCGCUGCAGAACUAGCCGCGGCAGGCCAAUCGGUACUCGUGAUCGAAAAGGGUACCUACUACCAUGAGAGCGAGUUCCAUUGGGAUGAGAAAACAGGCAUCAAGAACUUGAUUGAAGCACAGUCUCUGUUGAUGAGCGAGAACGGUCUUGCACAGGUCUUUUGUGCUUCGGCGUUUGGUGGCGGUACCACGGUCAACUGGUCAGCUUCUCUCAAGCCUCAACACUACGUGCGUGAAGAAUGGGGUAAAAAGUUCGGCUUGACGCACUUUAUGUCUCCACAGUUUGUCAAAGACCUUGAUCGUGUUUACGAACGUAUUGGAGCCACUGCUUCGGGGAUCAAGCACAACAAACCUAACCAGCUUUUCAUUGAAGGAUGCCAUAAACUAGGGUAUCCCAUUGCCGAUGUUCCACAAAACACCGGCGGCCAAUCCCACGAAUGCAAUUGGUGCUUUUAUGGCUGUACCGAUGGUAUCAAGAAUGGCACGAUGAAUACCUGGCUACGCGAUGCGCAUGCCAAGGGUGCUCAAUUCCUCGACCGAACCAAGGUCACGCGCGUAUUGAGCGAGAACAAAAAAGCAGUUGGGGUUGAAUGCGUUGUGCACAACAGCGACACGAAAAUCAAACUGUAUGCCGACCGAGUGAUUGUUUCUGCCGGAUCCAUGAACACACCUGGGCUGCUGCUCCACAGCGGACUGACCAACAAACACAUUGGCCGGCACUUGAGACUCCAUCCAUGCCAAUUUGUCUAUGGCAUGUUUGACGAUCCAGUGGAUAUGCAUGCUGGCUCCAUCCUUACGACGGUCAGCAAUGUGGCAGAAAAUGAACUGGGCGGUGGCUAUGGCGCCAAGAUUGAAGUGCCUGCCAGUCACAUGGGCUUAUUUGCUGCCAUCUUGCCCUGGCGCGGUCCGGUUGAGCAUAAGCAGACGAUGCUUAAUUACCGCCACUUUAUGCCGCUUGUCUUGAUCAGUCGUGACAAGGAUUCGGUCGGCACUGUCAAGUACAAUGACCAAGGCCAUAUCGCGUUUGAUUACACCUUGUCCAAGGGUGAUCGUCGCUCGCUCGAAGCCGCUUUGGAUCGUGCCGUCAUGAUCUUGGCUGCUGCUGGUGCGCGUCAGGUCCACACGUGUCAGCGGGGUGUGGGUCCAUUUGUGUUUGCUCAGGACGAAGAGAUUCGUGCGGAUCUUCCUCGGUUCCAAGCAUGGCGACACAAGGUGGCCAAGUAUGGAUUGCCCGAAAAUGGCGUCAAUUUGUAUGGCAGUGCACAUCAGAUGGGAUCUUGUCGUCUAGGCGUUUCGCCAAAGGUGUCCGCUACAAAACCCACGGGUGAAACAUGGGACGUCAAGGAUCUAUAUGUGGCCGAUGCAUCCUUGUUCCCAACAGCCAGUGGCGUCAACCCCAUGGUGACCGUCGAAGCUAUUGCGUUACAUGUUGCAGCCAGCAUUAUCAAGUCUACCAAAGCCUCUGCCCAUCUGUAAAAAUAAACAGCAGUGAUACUAAACUGUUUCAAGUUGUUUACUGUAGUUCAUACGCGUUCUUGUUUCUCCAUGUACCAUUAUAUAUAUAUAUAGCUUUGUUGAUCGACUCAUAGAAAGACAAUAAUCAAUCCUCUUCUCUCUUUUGGCCAGAAAGCACACUAACAUUAUAAACUUCCAUGUAUUUUGUAAGUACAUUUGUUUGACGAAUCAGUAAAAAACGAAAUCAAAAGGGAAGAGAGAGAGAGAGAGAGAGAGAAUAAAUAAAUAAAUAAAAAGACGCAAAUGCUGAUGAAAAAAGAAAGCAAAAGAGAAGAG